GGUCAUUUCAGAGCUGGCAGAUUUACUAAUUUACUUUGAUUACAUUUUACAUGAGUUUCUACCUUAUUUAUUUUUUUUUUGUGUGACAUCUAAUGUACUAAAGGAAUAAAUACCAGUAGUCAUUGAGUUAUUGUUAAAUAAAAGGAAUCAAAAGAAAAUUACAGAAUUGAUAUUAUAUUUGAAUUUGCAAGACACAUGACAUAUGCUUGACAUAUUAUGUACAUUUGUUAUAUUUCAUUUUCUUUGGAUAGAGAAGAUUGUGAUCCCCAAGAGAAAGAAACGAAAUGCUAUUGCUAUUCUCCAAGCUCUCUCCUCAACUGUGAAAAAGGACCCCACAGCACCAGCAUUCAGGUACAUGGAUGACCCAUAUCUCAUACCAGCGGACAACUUCAACAAGAAAAGCUUUGCGCUGUCGAAGGCAUCUGGUCGAAAAGCAGCUAAACUUCUCGUGGAAAGAUACGGAAAGUUUGUGAAAGAGAUGUAUGACUUUGCUGAGCCUAAAAUAGAGGCAUACCAGGUGAAGGAUAACCAGUACAGACUCACAGAUCCAGGGGAGGAUGCUCUGCUGGAGAGGGUGGGCAGGAGACGGGUGGUAGACGCUAUAGAAAUGUUCAAAGCUAUACAAGCGGAAGGUGGGACUCUAUCUGACACCGCUCUUGAGGCCCUCCUCCAGCUGGUCUGUGUCUAUAACAGUGAAGAUCCACCUCUGCCCCUUGAGGCAGAGGAGAUGUGGUACCGCAGAGAUAUAGAGGCUGGCGACAAAAGGAGACCGGUGUGGAAGGAAGGAUCUGUGGCAGAAGAUAUCUUUUCAAACUUAACAGAGAAAAGUCCCAUGGCCUAUUGCAGUCUUGUUAGAGCUUAUGCAAAGUAUGGCAGUAUUGAAACUGCAUGGGAGCUGUACUGUGAAAUGAAAGACAAGAAAAUACCAGUUUCACUGGGUACAUGUAACUCUUUAAUCAGAAUAUGCCCUUUUGCCAGCAUUGCCCAUGAGAAGAAAUGGGAGAGAAUUCAGACACUCUUAAGGGACAUAGAGCACUCGGGCCUGUCCCCAAACCUGGGUACCUUCAAUGCAGUUCUGCUCUGUCUGUCACGCAUGAGUCGUUAUACCAAGAGUCGGAAGCUCUCUCUGCAGACGUUGACUGAGAUGAAAACAUGUGGAAUUGAACCAUCUCUGGGUUCUUGGACAUAUGUUCUGAGGACAUUUUACGACGCAGAAUCGUCUCAAUCGCCAUUAUUGUCAGAGAUUCUCAACUACCUCAAAGAUAAGGAGUUCACUGUACAGGAUCAGGCUGAUUUUGAUUUUUUCCCAACAGCCAUGCUGAAGUGUUACAGUAAUUUACAAGACCUGGAGUUGGCCUAUCAGCUUGAUAACCUGCUGAGGACUGGAGAUAACAUACAGUUCCUGGCUGACAGUGGCAAGGAAGGCUCCUACUACACCAACUUUUUCCGUCUGAUUUGUUUACUAGAAGACAUGGACACUAUCAUGAGGAGUUAUGAGCAAUUUGCUCCAAACAUUUGGUCACCGACUUACAGUUCCUUAGAAGACAUUUUCAAGGCUAUGGAGUUACAUGAUGGGUACAAAUACAUUCCCCUCAUAUGGUCAGAUCUCGUGUUGUUGACCUAUUAUCGCAACUCUGAAUUGCUUGGCUCACUUUUGAAAGUGAUGGCAAAGAAACAGCAAGAGCCUGAGCUUCAGAGACAGUUAGCUGAAGUGGCAAGAUCUGUGAAGGACCGUUGGGUUAAGGAACAAGAAAGUAGUUACCUCAGACCCAUGCAACUUACUGGCCCGAUGAUGAGUGACCUAAUCACAGUAGCUGUGAGAGCAGACGAUUUUGACCUUGCCUGGGAGAAAAUGGAAAUCAUGAAAAAGGAGAGCCAAAAGAUUGCAGGAGUCUUGAGUGGCCCUGCUUUGACCUGCCUACUGGAUGCCAGUAUAGCUAGAGGAGAUGCAACAAAAGCCAUGGAAUGUAUCAGAGAGCUGUCAGACCAAGGACUCCCUGAUCUUAAAGAGGCUGUGGAGAAAACCUUGGAAAAGCUUCAACUGACAGAGCUACAAAGGUCAGAACUUGAAAGCUUAUUGAGAUGAUGGAAGCUCUUGCCCACUGAGUCCGAUGAAAAGGCCGAUUGAUUUUCAGUGUAUUGCAUCUUGUUGAAAGUGUUAUCCUGGGACAGAUUCUGUUUGAAAAUGUUUGCAGAAAUUAAUUACAUUAAAGAACUGUUAGUUGUGUAGGAAAGCUGCCAAAAAUCGAGUCAUUUGUAAAGUUAGUUUCAUGUGAGUGAAUUACACAAUAUGUAUCAAAAAGUGAUCACUUUUGUUUGAACUCUUCAUAAGGCAUUGCCAGUCUAGGUUACCACUCUACAAUUAUCCAGCCUCCAGCAUAUGGGCUACUACAACAUGAUAAGCCUCCAGCAUAUGGGCUACUACCAUGGGACGGAUAACGCCAUCAAAAUCCUUAGUAAAACCAGACGAAAUUCCAUCCAACGAAUAUGCAUGGGACGGAUCACGCGAUCAAAAUCCUUAGGUACCGUAGGCAUGAAGAAAUUCCAGCCAACAAAUACCCACCGGAUUGAUCCACCACCGGUAAUGAUAGCCUUGGCUUCUCGAGCACCUCAGAACCACUCACAAAAACAACACAUAUACACGUGCCCUUUUCUUUUCUUUUCUUCACUGCAACCAUAGAAACGUGGAUAAACGAACAAAUAAACACAUAUACAAAAAAAACAAGGAAAAACGGAUAACUAAACAACACAUAUAUACGUGCCUUUUUCCUGUCCCCCGUACAACCAUAGAAACAUUGGAAAACAGACAAUUUAACAAUUUAUAUAUAUGUGCCGUCUUCCUGUCCACAAUACAGCCAUACAAUGUUUUAUUAUGAGUAACACGUAUGUAGAAUGGUUAUAAAAACGCAUUACGAUUGUUCAAAGAAUGAAAAUUUAAAACUGACAUGUUGCAGCCUUUGCGAACAGUUGAAUCAUUACUAUAUACAUGCGACAGCUGUGUAAUUUAUUUACAACUAGACACGGUAACUUCGGUUCCCAAACAGAUUAAACUGCGUUUAAUAUAUGUAAUCAUACUUAUCACAGAAACUAUUCUGUCUGACUCCACCUGGCUCGGCAUGCCCUUGUCUAAGCUGUAUACAGUACUGUAUAUACUGUAUAUAUCACAUUCAGUUGAACAAUAAAUAAUUUAUUUCAUAUAAAAUAUAGAAUCAAAGCUCAAGUUCGUAUAGUAUGCUUGCUAACUCUUCAGACAUGUCGAUGAAUGCCCGUCUGUGUCUUGCCUUUUUCGAAUUUUGGUAACUCUAAUUCCUGAACAUUGUUGGACAGGCAGUCAUUGACAAAGUACGAAAAGUCUAUCAUUUUAAAUAUUUAUUUGAGUAUUUGAUAGGCGCUUAAGGCCGUACCCAAGAAUUUUUCAGUUAUUCGAUGACUUCCAGCAUUAUUUUGCAAGGAAAGCGGGCAGACCCUGGGGAUGGGAGGCUUCUGCGUCAUAGCGCCUCGCCCGCGUACUAGGCUAACCCAAUUGGCCACGAACCCCCCCACCCCCACCCCCACCCCUUCAGUCACUUUCGGAAAUAAAAAGUUGGACAUAUUCCUGAAUUCCAACCUCUCAAUAUUCAAAGAUAAAAAUCUAAUUUUCCCCCCUAAUUUCUAUACAAUAUAUAAAAACUACGGGAUACAAAGUAAAAUCAGAGUAACGUCAACAGUUGUUAUAGUUUGCAAAUGGUCACACGUAACCGCGGAAGUAUGCCUUCCUGUCGGUUUACCUGAGUUAGGGUUUUAUUCUAAAUUUAUGCAAAUUUUUAAAUAGUAGCAACUUACAUGUCCCACCAUGGCUUAAGCAGAAUUAGGAAUAAAAUACACGCAGUGAUGUUAACUGCAAUAUACAAAAGGUCUAGAAAAUGCUGGGGGUCUCCGUGACACGGGGUUCGCACGCCAGCGCGACGCAAUGUCCCUCGAGCCUCUCACCAAUGCGGUCGCUGUGAGUUCAAGUCCAGCUUAUGCUGGCUUACCCUCCGAUCGCAACCUGCGGAUGGUCGUGGGUUUCCCCUGGGCUCAGAGUGAUUUCCUCCCAAUGCUGGCCGCCGUCGUAUAAGUGAAAAACUGUUGUCGUAAAAUACCAAUCAAAUAAAUAAAUGAAUAAAAAAUGUUGUACUGUCUUCACAUUUAACACAUGACAGUAUUAAAACAAUGUAAAGGGACCAUGUCUCGAGGGAGUGCCUGUUUGACAUGAAGCUAUUUAAGUAAGGGUCCACCCACCAUAAUGCUGGCCGCCGUCGUAUAAGUGAAAUAUUCUUGAGUACGGCGUAAAACACCAAUCAAAUAAAGUUAAGUAAGGCUGCAACAAUGAAACUUCCCUUCUGUUCGUAUACAAGCGGCAGUGUAUGUUACCUUUUCAUUCUCCUAACAUUGGCCAAUCCAACCAAUGUAAUUUUGUCACCAAAAUGAAAUAAAAGAU